AGCAAACUGGACGGUGUUAGAAAACUUCUUCGAAAUUUUCGUCUAAUGCCACUAAAUAGCGUGACAAUCGAAGACGAACCCAAAAAUCAGUCCAAGGCCACCCAUGAUGGCCCAAGCGCUGGAAGUCUUUUUCUCCGAUUCGGAUGUAUAGUGUUCGGUAUGAUUGGGGUUAUUUAUUACCUGUUCAAUGCUGUCCUUUGCCUCGGUCGCGAAAAAUGUUAUACAGUAUCAGUAAUAUUAAAUCUUUGCGCUGGCAUCUUCAUGUUUACUCAGAUGCAUUUCAUUUUCUGCAACUGGAAAAUAACGAUUUUGCAAUCGCCAAUAAUUUCCCGGUUUGGAAUGAUGCACUUGAUAUCAACGAACUUUUGGACAUGGAUGAGAUACAUUCUUAUUGAGGAGGCAGUUCUAAGCGAAGAAGUCAGCAUAUCAAAAUUGAUGCAUACAUCAGUUGUCGAAUAUUCAAUUAUAUGUGGUGCAAUUAUAUUCGUUUUGUGGAGAAAUAUUGGUCAAACAAAACAAGAACGAUCACUGAAAAGAAAAUUUCAAAUACGAAUCGACUGUUCGAAAACAUCGACCGGAUUAUUUCUUGGAUUAUUGCAUUUAACGAUGACACUCACAUCUUUGGCCAUAUCUUCUCUUUAUACAACGCGAGGCUUAGAUGAAAGAGCGAGCAACAUCUUCGCAGUAACAAAUAUUGUCCAGAGAGGUUCCAGUUGCAGCACUGAAAAUCAAUUUUCCGACAUGAAAUGGAUGAUAUCAACAAAAAUUUUUCAGGAAUCUUUGGAUUCAAUACUUCUUUCUCUUGGUCUCAUCGGUCAGAUGAUUUUUUUUAUGGCUGGAAUUGUUGGCAUAGCAGCUACAAAUAAAUGGAAUUCUAUCUCUUUAUUACUAUUGUUCAAGCAUUCAACUGGCCUUGUACAGGUUGGUACACAAGGGAGCCUGAUUUUUAUCGCAUGCAAACUUAGAAUUAAUGAUGAACCACAGUCAAAACGAGAACAACCUGGAAAACAAACGAUCACAUUUUUAUUAGUCGCUAAUAUUGGAAUAUUUCUUAUGAAUUUUUUCGAGGAUGGAAGCGCUGGAUUUUCCAAAGAUGUUAUUAGUUUUUAUGGUAAAACAAACUGGAUAUAUUUGGUGCGUAGCUUCGAACCGCUAAUAAUUUUUUAUCGCUUCCAUAGUUCAGUUUGUCUUGCAGAAAUAUGGAAAAGUGCUUAUUCAAUUAAAACGAAUAUUUCCCCUUGA